AUGGUGCACUGGGGCUUCCUGAACACCUGGCAGGCCAACGGCCUAAACACGCAGGUGCUGGGCACGCUCCGCGAGGUGCUCACCACCAGCCUGCCGCCGCCCGCGGGCCGCCCCUGGCGCCUGCUCUUCACGGGCCACUCGCUGGGCGGCGCGCUGGCCAGCCUGGCGGCCCACGACGCGGUUGCGCUGGGCGCCUCGCUGGCGGCGGCGCUGCCGGGGGGCGCCCCGCAGGUACGGGUGUACACCUUUGGCGCGCCGCGGCCCGGCAACCACGCCUUUGCGCGGGACUACCUGGCUACUGUGCCGCACUCCUUUGACGUGAUCCACUGUGACGACGCCGUGACGCGGGGAGGCAAGUUUUUGUUCCUGUACAAGCGCGCCGCGCACCGCGUGGUGCUGUCCCCCACCGGCGACCUCAUCGUGCGCCCCUCCCUCAUAGAGCGAUCCGCCAAGGAGAGCUUCCACACCUCCCUGCAGCAGCACCUGCUGGGAGAGUACGGGCGCAGCUUUGCGGCGCUCAUUCGCGGCCAGUUUGUGCGUCGGAAGGAGCACAACCAGGGGCGGCGCGGCUGCGAGGCGCUGCUGCAGUGCGAAUAUGUGCAGCAGGUGCUGCGUGCCAUGGCGGGGGUGCGGCAGGAGUCGAUUCUGCGGUUUGGAGGGCGCAUGGCCACGCUGCCGCCUGGCCGCCGCGGCGACCAGCACCUGGCCAGCGGGGAGCAGCUACCAGCACGGCCGCCUGCCCACGACAGCGCACGUGCGCUCAGCCUGGGGGAGCGGUCUGAGAAGGAGACGCGCAGGCUGCAGCAUGCGGUGACGUUUGUGACGCACUUUCUAGCUGAGCUGACCGACUCGUCACUUCUGGGGGUAGACGUGACAGGGAGGGAUGUGGUGCGCGUGGCCGCCAUGCCCAAGACAGCCAUCUACCAAGCCGAGGGCCUGGCCUUCAUCCGGCGGCGCAAGAAGGGCUGCCUGCUGUCCUGGGGCAGCGAGACUGUGGUGCUGAUCUGGAAGAAAGCGCUGCCGGAUGGCACCACUGUCUGGUCGGGGCCCAUCUUCCUAAAGGGCAAGACCUGGGGGGUGGGCUUCACACUGGGCUUCCUCGACAUGCGCAUCUGCCUGGCCAUCCUCAACACCAAGGGCAUGGGUGCGGUGCUGCGACCGCACCACAGCGCCACGGUCAGCGCCUCCUUCAUGGUCGACAUGAACGGCUCCAAGAUCCGCGCGCUGCGCACAUCCAGCGCGGAUGAGGUGUCGCAGGUCACCACCGACGCGCACGGCGGCAUGCAGGCCAAGUACUACUUGCUGGAGGCCUGCAUCGUGGACCUGUCUGCAAACGAGGCGGUGGCCGCGGUGGCGGCAGCCAGGGCGGCGCGCGGCGGCAGCCUGGAGAAGGGCAGCGCCGACGGCGGCAGCGGGCCUGUUCCGGCGUGGGCGGCCUCGGAGGACGGCAGCGCGGCGGGGUCGGCGGGCGGGCGGCCGCAGCUGGCGCCCAUGCGGCUGGGCUCGCCCCCCAGAUGA